UGGGAAGAAAACAAGUGUUGGAAUCUAUAAGUUUUUGAAGUAGUUAGCGCAUUGUUUGCUGUUUUUUCUGGCGGCCACCAUUCUGGAUGCGAGCUACGCGCAGAAAUGAACAACAGAAUGAUGAUCAAAUGUGAACCCCUGGCUGAGGAAGCGGAACUGUUUCGAAGUUUGGUGUCGCACGACGAACAACAUCAGCAGCAGCAACAUCAAGAUUUUCGGAUGUUUUGUGCGUAUAAAUUGAAGGUAACAGAAGAGACUGCGGCACUAUUGGAAGAACAAGGCAUCGAUAUGGAGUGCCUGCGCAAAAUGCGCAUCGAAGACGUCGACGUACUGUUUGAAGGGAAACCGCUCGGGCCGAAGAUCCUCUUCCGUGAAGCGUUUCUCGAGUGGCGAGAAGAAAUUGGUCUACCGUGCAAAAGUCUGAAGACGCUUUCAGCUCGCAAACGUUCCUCCGAAUCGUCCGAUAGUGAUAACAGUAGCCCACCGAAACAAGCGGCAGCUAUUUCUCCGGCAUCUGCGCUACUCUGGGACGAGAGUCUUCAGCAGCAACACUUCCAGGAACAGCGUAUUAAACAGCAGCAACAGGUGUUAGACAAGGACUCUCUGCCGAACCGCAAACCAACCGUUUCGUACAGUUCCUUUGGGUGGCCCAUGAACCCGGUCACGCUAAAGGAUAUUCUCAACAGUAGCUCACACGGGCGGUCAAUUUUGGCCGCUGGUGAGCUUGGCGGACUGGGUAAAUCUCAGCAGUACCAACUGACGGCCAUCAUUAUAUCCUACCAUAUGGAGUAUAAUGUAAAAAUCACGAUUCCUCAGCUGGAAAAUUAUGCGUGCUGCAUCGUAACACUCUUACCUCAUGAAAAUUCCCUAACCUACUACAUUCCACGCGGUCCCAAUCGGCGCACUCAGGGCGGUUCGCUGUAUUCGCGAUUCAUCAAUCAAAAAAUUAGCAAAAAGGCACUUGCCAUCGGCAACUCGGUUGCAGCAUCCUAACGUGUGUGCGAUGCACUCGAGUCAGUACCAUUCCAGGCGUAGAGAUGCUAUACUAGUCACAAUCUCACUGCCGAACCGAAUCGCAGCGUGGCCAGUGCGUAACCACCCACAGAAUAAUCUUAUUACCGCGUUAAGUAUCGGUUACCUGACUCACCGAUCCCUUAGGCGUCUGUGUAUCUGUCAGUUGAAGGAUAAACGUAGAAGCGUUUGAAGACGCUCAACAUUGUUUGGCGUAGUUUAGUUGCGUAUAAUAUUUAUUCAUUUUUACCACCGACCCAUUCCAAGUCCCAAGCGAGAUGUGUGGCUCCGAUGCGGUUAAUACUUAGGAUUGAUACGCUGGAUUCGGGUGAUUCGCUCGAAUGGCCCAUCGGAUAGAGUGUCUUGCUCAUACUCAGUACAAGCCGUCUUAUAGGCAAAACUUACAACCGCUGGUGUUGGUUGAUGAUUAGAUAGUAAUGAACGUUUAGAAGUUAGUUGUUAGACUAGAUCUGCGUGGUUGACAAUGUUAGCGACGAAUGUAAAAGUCUAUUAUCAAUAAUCUCUGGGAGAAGCACAAAACGAGUAAACAUCACUACAAAUCGAUAGCUUUCGACAGACCAUAUACAACGUUAUUAUCUCCUUCCUAAAAGGCUAGAUAACUGGUUGCACAUAUGCCAUAUACCAUCAUAGCAGGCAACGCAAGGCAAAGAGAAGAUGGGAUGGAAAGCAGCACUUUCUAUCGUACACCAAACAAUGUAUGUGUGUGACUCUUUUCAAAUAAUACUUUGGAUGUGAUUUAGUUUACAGUUGAUAUUUUAAGUUGAUUACAGUUGAUAUUGUUUUUUUUCUUCUUUGAAUUGAUAAGAUGAAUCUCGGGAUAAGAAGACUUUUCAUGAUGUGCAAGUUUGGCUAUCAUGUAAAAGUAUUGUAAUUAUUGUUCGCAUCAUGUUGCGCCAACCUAUGAACAAAACAACAUUUUUAAAAUGCAUA